GAUACUUUGCCCAUCUAACACUUCAACUCUCCUGUCCCCAAUCUUCAUCCCCUUCCUUACGCCUUACACCCCCUUUCUGUUUUAUUCCAAUUACAGACCCAAACAAACAAAACAGAAAAAAACUUGAAAGAGAAGUUAAGAAGAAUAAGUGAAAUCCUAUUUUAUUUGGGUGUUUGUUAGCCUCUGAAAUACAUGGAUGCUCUGAUUUUCAUUUCCCUGUUCAUUGUUAUUCUACAUGUAAAAGCAGAUGCUAAUACAAAUACUUGCUUACCAAUUAACUGUGCAAAUAUAUCUGAACUCAACCUUCAAUUCCCUUUCAGACUUCAUGAAUUUCAGCUACACUGUAAGCAAAACAGAACCAUUCUCAAUUUUCCAUCUUAUGGGGAUUUAGUCAUUAAAUCCAUUUCAUAUGAUCUCAGAAAACUCGAACUAAUCGACCCCAAAAACUGUGUCCACGAAGUUUUCUUGAAUCUGAAUCUUUCUAACACCCCAUUCAGCUAUUACUAUAUCUUGAAAGAGUAUCAGUAUCUGAAUUGUUCAGCUGAACUUUCAUCUUCUUUUCUGCAAGUUCCCUGUCUAAGUGGCAUAGGACAUCAUGUUUAUGUUGUGGAAACAUCAUUUGUUGUGCCAGAUUUUUGUAACCAUGUCAAGACUGUAGGAAUCCCAUUUGCAUAUAGUCCUUUCUUGUCUGAUAACACUUUUGGGCUGGGAUUAACAUGGCACUUGGAAAAAUUUCAAGACACCGUAGCAACAAAGUUUAAAACUUCAGUCCAACAAGAAACAGGGCUGUUUAAAGGGCUCAAUGAUAUAAUAGCAGAUGAUAAAGCCUUGGGGUAUAUUAUCCUGUUCAUGUUUAUAGUGGUGAUGAUGUUAAACAUACAGAAGUUAUCUAAUCUCAAGAGAGUGAAGGAAAACGACAAUCAGAAGGAACGUCAUGCUGAUGUCAUUUUAGGGAACUAUGAAGCUUUGAACAAAAUUGUGAUCAAAUUGUGAUAAAAAAAUAUUCAGAAUCAAAAUAUGUCUCAAAUCUAUGUGGAAACGUUUGGUGGUCUGUUGAAUUAUAUCUUAUUUUAGGAUUAGAUCCCAUACUUGUUGGAACUUUUAAGCGUUGUUGUUUUGUUGACGCUCUAUACCAUGAUGUUCAUGCAAACGAGUAAUGUAAAAAAAUUGGAUUUUGAUUGA